CAACUCAAACAUGUCCACAAAUCCCCCAUUAGAUCAAAAAACAAUCCGGCUAGCCUUCUAUCCCUCGGCACAUGGACUAGGACAUUUCAUGCGGUUGGUCCAUCUGGCCCAACUACUACUCGAGGCGACCGCAUCCAGACAACCCACCACCAACACCACAAGCAAGACAGACCAGGAGAAGUCACGGCCCAACUACCACAUCUACGUCCGCACAAAUGUUUCUCCCAGCAUCCUCGCAUCCCUCGGUGCUGGCUGGCCAGACAUUGACUCCCACCCUAUCACAUUCUCGCCUUACACGCACCCCCUUCAACCAACCGUCGUGCAGACAAAUCCUUAUACGCUAUCUGCCUCGCAGACGUUUGACUCGGUGAUACGUUUCAACACCGCAGCAGCGUUGGCGCAAGAAGAAGCGUUUGUAGAAGAACACGGUAUCGAUGCCAUAGUAUCAGACUGUCCCAGCAUCGUCUGCACAAUCAAGAAUACCCCUAGUAUCCUCGUGACAAACUUCCUCUUCGACACCAUCCUGCAAGGCCUAAUCGACCUCUCCACAUCUGAAAAACUCUCUGCCACCAAUCCACCUCACCCACACGAAGAAGAAGAAGAAGAAACAACUACAAAAGUAAAACAAUUCGUCAGAGAAAUGACGGCCCAAUACGCACAAGCAUCAACCCUCCUCCUCCUCCCCGGCGCAAUCCCAUCAACAUACAAAGGCCGCACAAUCCCCCUCCCCUUCCACUACCGGCGCACAGCAUCGAACUCCCGCGUCCAAACACUCUCAUCGCUUCCCCCCACCACAAUCCCCCCCUCGCACCUCGCACACGUGCUCCUCCCAACCACAAAGAUCCUCCUCCACACUUUCGGCGGCCAGCCCCCCUCCUCAUCCACCGCCACCCCCCUCCUCCCGCACAACUGGAUAGUCCUCUCGCAGACGCUGCAUUUCCCUUCCUCGCGCAUCUACCGCAUCCAUUCUGACGCGUAUAUCCCGUCGCUGAUCGCGGCGUCCGACGCCGUGCUCGGCAAGCUCGGGUGGGGGAUGUGCUCUGAGGUGCUGGGGAACGGGAAAGUGCCGUUUGUGUAUGUGCCUAGGGAGGCGUUUGUCGAGGAAAAGGGGCUGGUGGAGUGGAUGGGGAGGGAGCAUGGCGGGGUUGUCAGGAUGGAGGGGGAGGUUUUUGAGGGCGGGGAUUGGAGGGGGGUGCUGGGGGAGAUUGAGGGGUCGCGGCGAGGAAGGGGUGUGGAGGAGAUGAGGGAUGAGGACGGGGAAAGGGACGGGGAGGUUGUGAGGGUCUUUGAGGAGGAGGUUGCGAGGGUGCUGAGGGUUGGGAAGGGGGGGGAGGUGUGGUGUGAUGAAUUGUGCUUGUGAAUAUCAAUUGAUAUUCUAGGUUGUAGUUUGGGUGAUCCUACGCAAAGCGAUAAUUGCAACGAUAGAGGAACCAAACAAAAAACAGGCGAUAACCUAAAAGAUGAAUAUGCUUUGAGUGCUGUUGUGGGAGUGAACAACUAGAGUAUUGCAAUUU